AUGGCGGUUCAGAUCCUCUCAGACUUGCAUUUAGAGGCUCCAAAAGCCUACGACGUCUUUAACAUCAUCCCAAAGGCACCUUAUUUAGCACUUCUUGGCGACAUCGGCAACGUCGCACUACACAAGGACGACUGCCUUGCCUUUCUCACUCGACAGCUCAACCAAUUCCGCGCUAGACGUUCGCAACAACGCUCGCUCGGGGACUUCAUCCUGCUCGAUCGUGCAGUCUAUCGGAUGCCAGACACCAACGUCGUCAUUCUUGGAUGCAGUCUGUUCUCUUCCAUCUCCGCUGAAAACCAAAUGGCUGUUAGUCUUGGGCUCAAUGAUUUCCUCGUUACUAACGAGUGGGAUGUCGACUCGCACAACGAAGCGCAUGAACGGGACAUUGCCUGGCUCAACACACAAGUUACUGAGCUUGAGCAGUCUGACGUGCGUAUUAUGAUAUUCACACAUUGGAGUCCAUCAAAGGAUGCCCGUGCGAUUGAUCCAAGGCACGCUGCAAGUUCGAUUACGAGCGCCUUUUCAACCGACUUGUCUGAGGAGAAAUGCUUCCAGAGUAAAAAGGUUAAAAUAUGGGCAUUUGGGCAUACGCACUAUAAUUGUGACUUUGUAGUUGAGCGGAAAGAAGGUGCCGGAUUAUUAAGGCUACUUGCGAACCAGAGGGGUUAUUACUUUGCCCAGGCUGACGGAUAUGAUGGAGGAAAGACAAUCGAUAUUAGGGAUAGUAUUUGA